AUGCGUGGAGGUAGCCCAGACCCAAAGCUGGUCGAGCACUAUGAGGCUGGUUUCUUGCCCAAGUUGGAUGUCUUUGAGGGCAUUCUUUCAAAGCAAAAGUAUAUGGGUGGUGAUGAAUUCUCGCUCAUUGAUGUCUACUAUCUGCCAUACACCCAAAAGUUAUCCGAGGUUGGCUGUGGCCAUUUCAUCACUGACAGGCCCCAUGUCAAGGCAUGGUGGGAGCGAGUCAGUGCCCGAGACUCAUGGCAAAAAGUCCUCGCUUUGCCUUAG